UUUUGAAAAAAAUCAAAUAUUGAAUUAACAAAGAUAGAUCGUGUGCAAUUGUAGUCAUUGUUUGGAAAAAGCCAAUCUUUGGUAUCUUCUGUAGUUCUGAUAUCUUGAGGUAGAGCUUUGAGCAGGUUCUGAUACAAGGAGGAGGUUAAGAUGAUCUCCAGAUCGUAUACCAACCUUUUAGAUCUAGCUUCUGGUAAUUUCCAAGCAAUGGGUCAAACUCGAGAGAAGAAACGGCUGCCGAGGGUAAUGACUGUUCCUGGGAAUAUUUCAGAGUUGGAUGAUGAUCAGGCUAAUAGUGUCGGCUCAGAUGUACCGUCCUCAGUUAUCCAGGACAGAAUAAUUAUUGUAGUUAAUCAUCUACCAGUUAAAGCUAAGCGCAGACCUGAUAAUAUAGGGUGGAGUUUUAGUUGGGAUGACGAUUCUUUGUUUUUACAAUUGAAAGAUGGCUUCCCUGAUGAUAUGGAGGUUAUAUAUGUGGGUUCUUUGAAGAUUGAUGUUGAUUCCAGUGAACAAGAUGAUGUUUCACAGCUUUUGUUGGAUAGGUUUAAAUGUGUGCCGGCAUUUUUGCCUCCUGAUAUCUUGUCAAAGUUCUAUCAUGGGUUUUGCAAGCAACAUUUGUGGCCGCUUUUCCAUUACAUGCUUCCUUUCUCGGCAAAUCAUGGAGGAAGGUUUGAUAGGUCUCUGUGGGAGGCAUAUGUUGCGGCCAAUAAAAUUUUCUCUCAAAAGGUGAUUGAGGUUUUAAAUCCAGAAGAUGACUAUGUCUGGAUCCAUGACUAUCAUUUGAUGGUGUUGCCUACAUUCUUGAGGAGGAGGUUCAAUAAAUUGAGAAUGGGGUUCUUUUUACAUAGUCCGUUCCCUUCAUCUGAAAUAUAUAGAACUUUGCCUGUGAGGGAAGAGAUUCUGAAGGCACUCUUGAAUUCAGACCUCAUUGGUUUUCACACUUUUGAUUAUGCCCGGCAUUUUCUUUCUUGUUGUAGUCGAAUGUUAGGUUUGGAAUACCAGUCGAAGAGGGGUUAUAUUGGAUUGGAGUACUUUGGAAGGACAGUUGGAAUAAAGAUCAUGCCUGUCGGUAUUCACAUGGGGCAGAUUGAGUCUGUACUGAGAUUUUCAGACAAAGAGUGGAGAGUGGGAGAGCUUAAACAGCAGUUUGAAGGGAAGACUGUAUUGCUUGGAGUUGAUGACAUGGACAUCUUUAAAGGCGUCAAUUUGAAGCUGCUUGCAAUGGAACAGAUGUUGAAACAGCAUCCAAAGUGGCAGGGAAGAGCAGUUUUGGUACAGAUUGCCAAUCCUGCUAGGGGAAGAGGGAGAGAUCUUGAGGAAAUACAAGCUGAAAUCCAGGAAAGCUGCAGGAGGAUUAAUGAGAAGUUUGGAUGGCCAGGCUAUGAACCUGUUGUCUUUAUUGAUAGGCCUGUAUCCCUUGGUGAAAGAAUUGCGUACUACACCAUAGCUGAGUGUGUUGUGGUUACUGCUGUGAGGGAUGGAAUGAAUCUUACUCCUUAUGAAUACAUAGUGUGCCGCCAAGGGGUCUCUGAGUUAGAAUCUUCUUCAGAAUCUGUCAUUCCUAAGAAGAGCAUGUUGGUGGUAUCAGAGUUCAUUGGAUGUUCUCCUUCACUUAGCGGUGCAAUUCGGGUGAAUCCUUGGAACAUUGAAUCAACUGCUGAGGCAAUGAAUGAGGCUAUCUCAAUGCCUGAUGCUGAGAAGCAGUUGCGCCAUGAGAAGCAUUAUAGGUAUGUCAGCACACAUGAUGUGGCUUACUGGUCUCGAAGCUUCUUCCAGGAUAUGGAAAGGACAUGCAAAGACCAUUUCAGAAGGCAUUGUUGGGGAAUUGGUUUGGGCUUUGGUUUCAGAGUUGUUGCACUGGAUCCGAAUUUCAGGAAGUUGUCUAUUGAUCACAUUGUGUCUGUAUAUCAUAGGUCUAAAAACAGGGCUAUACUAUUAGACUAUGAUGGCACUUUAAUGCCUCAAACAUCCAUCAACAAGACCCCAAGUUCUGAGGUCAUCUCAAUCAUAAACACUCUAUGUGCUGAUGUCAAUAACACUGUCUUUGUUGUAAGUGGUAGAGGAAAGGAAAGUUUAGGCAAGUGGUUUUCUCCUUGCGAGAAACUUGGGGUUGCAGCUGAACAUGGGUACUUCAUGAGGUGGUCUGCUAAUGAUGAGUGGGAAACUUGUGGUCAGAGUAGUGAUUUUGGCUGGAUGGAGAUGGCUGAACCUGUUAUGAAAUUGUAUACAGAGUCCACCGAUGGCUCUUACAUUGAAACCAAGGAGACUGCCUUGGUCUGGCAACAUCGUGAUGCAGACCCAGGUUUUGGAUGUACCCAGGCCAAAGAGAUGUUAGACCAUCUUGAAAGUGUGCUAGCAAAUGAACCUGUUGCAGUAAGAAGUGGUCAAUUUAUUGUUGAAGUGAAGCCACAGGGAUUGAGUAAAGGUUUGGUAGCUGAAAAGAUCCUCACUUCCAUGGCUGAAAGUGGCAAGCAGGCUGAUUUUGUACUUUGUAUUGGUGAUGAUAGAUCCGAUGAGGACAUGUUUGAGAUCAUUGGCAGUGCCAUUUCAAGUGGUGUGCUGUCCUCAAGUACAUCUGUUUUUGCCUGCACGGUUGGCCAAAAACCAAGCAAAGCCAAAUACUAUUUGGACGACACAUCUGAGGUUGUACACAUGCUUGGGGCUCUUGCUGAAGCCUCACAUCCUAAACCCUCUGUAGAAGCUAGAUCAGAAGACUCCCUUUGAAAUCCCUUUCAAUCCCCUCAUAAAGUGUUGGCCUUUGUUCUCUGAUUGAAGGCGGUGAUCAUUUUCAGCUUGGUUUGGAAGUGACUAUUGGGAGAGAGAUGCUAAAUGUGAUUCAAUGUUAACCAUUGAGGAAUAUCUUCUUGGAAGUUUUGUAGCAUAAUUGAGGAGGAGUCAAUUCUGGAGAGAAUGGGAUUUUACAAAGGAAGUGAGGAAUUUUGUGGCCAGCAGAGAGGAAGGAGAGAGAGAGGGGGGGUGGGGUGGAGGAGGUUCAGUCGUGGUGAUGGGAUAACAUAAGAUUUCAUAAAGGACUUUGAAAUGAAAGCAAUGCUUGAAUAACUCUUGCAUUAUAGGUGUUGCAAAGGCUACUGAGUUUUUUUUAUGCAAAUCAUAAGAUACAUAAGUUAGGCAGCAUUCAUUCACUGUCCGUACAAAGUUCUGAUGACAUAAACAUAACCAGGCAUCAGUUGGUCGGGAAGUCAUCCUAUUGAAUGAAAAAAAUACAGAUCAUUGUUUUCUUAUUUUGAGUGAUUUUUUUUCCCUGGAUAGAUUUGAUUUGCCUUUAUUAAUUGUAAAUUUCAUAGAAAAAAUUGCAAUUAGUUCU